UCCUCGUGCAGCACGGCAGCAGGACAGGACAGCAUUGAUGGCCGCCACGGCCGCGGCCGCCCCCCGCCCCCUCAGCCCCUCGCCGGCCCUGGCGUGACGCCCCCCCACCUCCGCGGUGCCGCCCGCCCGAGCUCGUCCGCGGAAAGGAACGAGGAGGAGAAAGAUCGCUGCUCCGGGUGGCUCCUUCCCCGGCGGGCCACGAUUCGAUCCGGGCCGGUCCGCGACCGCGAUUUGGCCCCGGCUGCGGGCUGCUGCUCCGGUGAGUCCCGCGCCGUUGACCCCGUGCCGCGCGCGGAAGGGCGGAUCUUCGCCGGCGGCUGGUUCCCCGGGGGGUUUCUUCCGGCGCUCGAUUCGCAGGUUUUGGACAGUGAGGAGGGAUGGAUGUGGAGAAAGCUGCCUCCAAGGGGCAUGGCUUCUUCGGCCUGUUUGAUUGGGGCAAGAGCAAGAAGUCCAAGCGGCGGCUCUUCACCGGAGGCGGGGGAUAUUCACCGUCGCAGGGUAAUUCCGUAGAUGGGAAGGAAGUUGACGGCAGCAUGCCGAGUACGCCGUCCAACUCGAUCCUCGAAGAUGGGAUGAGUAUGAAGGAAAGCAGCGAGCAUAGCUGUUCAUCCUCUGUAAUCGACGACGAAGCUUGUGCGAGGAGGGGACCCACUGUCGUGGCGAGGCUUAUGGGUUUGGAUUCCAUGCCCGCGGCAAGCUCAUCUGGACCCUACCCGGCCCCUUUUACCGGGCAACAUACCUUCCAAGCUAUUGCCCAUGAUGAGUUGAUUGGCAGAAGCUAUGUUGGCCUUUCUAGCCCCCAUAAGAUGCCGAGUAGUCCUAUUGACCGGUUUAGAAUGGAAGCCCUGCCUCCGAGGUUUGCCAAAAGGACACUUUCAGUUGCACAGCAUAAGUUGUUCUCCCCAGUGAAGAAUCCUAAUCAUGUAUCAAGCAGAAAUGCUGCUGAUAUCAUGGAGGCGGCAUCUAGGAUUAUUGGGCCUGGAGCUGAGAAUAUUAGCUCUUACAGAGUCCGUGAUGCUGGGUACUCAAAUGAUGUGCGUGCCUUCAGCCCAACAGAGAUUGUAAGGGUCCAGCAAAUGUCCCAAGCGGCAAGAAGGCGUGAUGGCUCUGCAUCUUCUAAGCCACCGAGUGGAAGAUCGUUGGAUGGAAGUUUGGUAACUUCAGAGACAUCCUCUUCUGCCAGGUUCUCACAGUCAAAUGGUGGUGCUCCAGUUGCUCCAAGGGUCAAGGCUGUCAGUCGACCAUCGUCAGAUUUUAGAGCUACAAAUGGCCAAGGGAGAGAAGGUGUAAGCAGAAGCAGUAGGAAACCCCCAACUCGUACGGAUCCUGUACAUAACAUGGUUGAGAGAAACGGGUCCAGUCAACAAAGACAAAAGAUCAGUAGCAGAGUGGGCAUGGCAAGUUCUUCCAACGUGCUUGUGCAAAAUAACACAAAGCAGAAUGCCAUGGGUGUUGAGCGCAAGCUGAAUCCCAAGUCAGCAACACACAGUCAACAACAAAGGAACAUGCACCCACCAAAUGCUGCUCCCAGAAAGGCUGGUGUCACAAGCACCCGCUCUGAAAACAGUAUGAAAGGCAACAGAAAGGGGGAACUGCAGCCAACCAACUAUGCAAACAGAAGACCAAACUCUACAGCCAAAACAAUCCCCAAGCCGAGAAGAUUACCAGAUGAGGGGAUGCGCUCAAAGAAAAACCAGCCAAGUGAUAAAGUUCUCACUGAAAGAAGCCCAAGGCGUGUUCGGCACAAUAUUGUGAUAGAGGAGCAAUCAUCUUUCACCACAAACAAAAAGAAAAUCAGCACUGAGAUUGUUUCGUUCACAUUUACCUCACCAGUUGACAAAUCAUUACAUGGUUCUCAGUUUCCCCAUUCAGUGGAAAAACGGUCGAUAGAGAACUGGAACUCCUUGUCAACUUCAAGCAAUACAUCAAACACUGAAUCAGAUACCAUAGAUGGUGAUUAUUUGAGACUUCUUCUUGAGCAGAAGUUGAGAGAAUUGACUUCUGGGGUGAGAUCACCCUAUUCUAAGCCAGCCAAUGGUGUUCGAAUAUACGCCCCCUCACCAGGUUUGGAUGAUACAGCAUCAGCCUGUGACACAUCCAGCAUUGCAUCUACUGAUUAUGAUAGGGACUCCAUACAGUCUUCAAAGGAUGGAAAAGACAAAUUCCCCCGGACAGAUCUUGUAUUAAAAGAUGAUCAGUCAUCUCAAUCUGUGAAGUAUGAUAAUGGUUUCAUUGAUCAAGUGGAGUUAGAGCAUCUUCACCUAAGCCCCCAUUCUACAUGGGAAGCUUCUCUUUCAACAGAAACCUGCAGCUCUGCAGAGAGCCGAACAAAUGCAAAUGAAUCAAGGUUAUUUAGUUCAACAGAAGGAGCAGCAACAUCUGGUUCGACACACUAUGGUAGGGUCCUAGAAGUGGAGGCUUUAUCAGAAUAUUCUGAUACAGCCUCAUCAAUCACAGCGACUUUAGCCGAAACAACACAUCCAUCAGAAAGCAGCAGCUCAUGUCGUAUGGAGAUAAAGUUCUUAAGAGAAAUACUGAAUGCUAUUUCUGUCAGAGAUAAUGCUUGCUCUUACUUCGAGCGAUUUGAUAGCUCAAAUAUCCUGGAUCCACAUCUGUUUGAAGAACUAAAUGGCAAUUUUAGGCUGCCAGUGGGUGAAGAAGAGGGAAAAUCUUUCGGAAUGAUUCGGAGGCUGCUCUUUGACUGUGUGAAUGAAGUAUUAAGCGUGAAAUGCACAUACUACUUCAAUGCUGGUUACAGCUCAUGGUUUACGGGGAUGGCAGUUCUGCAGAAGCUCUCGCCGGAAGAAAUCUACCAAGAGAUGACCAGUCUGAAGGUUGCCGAGGAGUGGAUGGUGGAUGAACUCGUGUACAAAGAAAUGAGUGGCCCUCUCGGGAGCUGGGUCGACUUCAAGACGGAGUCACAUGAAGCUGCAAAAGACAUAACAGCAGAGUUGCUAGAAUCCUUGAUCGAUGAAAUGGUUGCUGACCUUCUAUAUUGGUAGUUUGGUCAUGCAAUUAUUGUGCAUUUUGUUUGUCGAGAACUACAACAGGGGCCCUAACCUGCCCACCAUUUGAUGAUAGAUCAGCGGCUGUCAGAGCCAUUGUCUACCUUUUUUGGGGACCGUUUCGGUUGUCAUGAUGCAGAAAAUAGCGAGGCAUUGUAAUUUUUUUUCUUUCCUUACUAUGGCCCAUUGUUAAUGAAAAUAGCUGGUACUGUAUGUUGUACAAUGUGGCAUUUUAGCUGUAUGAAUGGUGGUCUGUUCUUUGCAAACUAUACCGCUGGUAAUUAUUUGUCGUCUGAGAAGAUAGCACAAACUAUUUACCCUCUCU